UUUGUCUUCGAGGAUUCUUUGGUCACUGAAGAGUCUCUGGCUAUUGUAAUUCACCUUCUCAAUCGGGCUCUUCACACUCCUAUAGUAUUGGCCAACAGUCGAGAACAUCCGCCUAAAUCUUCUUCAAAUGUGGCUGUGAUCUAUGCUGACGAGGAUCAUCUUAUUCCAUGCCGGGAAGGCGAAGCAAUUGAUGCUUCAAGAGGGCUUUCUGGCGAACCUACUUGUACUAAUCGAGUGACGUUGACCGGGGCCUCACGACCGGGCAAUGCAGCUGAGAGUGAGUUCGACUGGGAGGCUCUUGAGGAUGAUAGUGAUAUGUUGGAGCCGAAUGAAGAUCUGGAUUCCGAUGAGCCCUGCCAAUCUGUGGAUGCUGAGAUGACUUCCGUCAACCAAGAUCGAACUUCAUCUGGUACAGGAUAUCGCCUACCCUCUGGACUUGUCCGGGGGCAAUCUGGCAGAUCUUGGAGAAUGGCUUCCGGACCCCCUAGUAUGCGCUGGAAUGCCACAUUACGUGCUUGUCCUUAUGCACCAGGUACCUCCUUAUUUGAAAAUCUAUCAGCUUGGCUGGCUGUCACUGAGGCUCCCGUUUCAAGCCUUCCUGCUCAGGUAGCCUAUGCGGCCCUUCAACCACAACAGUUGGUAGUUUCCGGCUCGUCAGCUUCGAUCGCGGCUUCAGUUCCCUCCCAUCCACAAAACCGAAGCAAUACUGAUAUAGGAAAAUCUGGGUGA